AUGGCAUUCAAGAAAACACUACAACAACGUAUUUUUAGUGGAUACAAAUUUUGUGCUCCAUCUCUAACAUUAACAUGUCGUAUUACUUCUUCAACCAUAUCGGAAGCAAAAUCCACCGAUAAAAAUAUAGAUCCAUGUCGAUUUCUUUACCAAUCAUCGGUAUACUCACCGGAGAUCCGCCAGAGAUUACAUGGGAUGGACAUUAGUUCGAGAGAUAAGAUGAGGUUUAUUAAUGAGGUACUUUUGCUUCCGCGGCCCCCACUCCAAUCGGAGUCAUUGGAUGUGGGGUCCAUGACUGGUGUGCAACUUGAAUUGUUGAAAACGAGGCUAAGAAAAAUGGAGAAGAAUUGGAUUCUGUUCGCUGAAUUUAUUAAAAUUUGUAAGGAAACAUGUAAUUUGGAUGAUGAUAAAAGUCUUAAAUUUGCUAAGAAGAUGGAUGAAUCGGGAGAUGUAAUUGUUAUGGGAAACUUUGUUUUUCUAAGACCUUAUCAGGUGGUUGAAGCCAUGCAAGAAGUAAUGCGAAUGCACAAACCAAAUCACGAGAAAGAAAGAAUGAAGGAGCUUGAAAGAAUGGAGGAGGAAAAAACAUCAAUUGACAAGAAAGUAGUAUCAUUAGUACGUAAAGAAAUGUGGUUUGGACUUGGGUGCUUUAUAAUUCAGACAAUAGCUUUCAUGAGGUUCACUUUUUGGGACCUAACAUGGGAUGUUAUGGAACCAAUUUGUUUCUAUCUCACAUCAACAUAUUUCAUCACCACAUGCAUUUUCUUCCUUAAGACCUCUAAAGAGCCUUCUUUUCAAGGGUUCUUCCAGGCACGUUUCAGUACGAAGCAAAAUCGACUUAUGAAAGUUCGUAAUUUUGAUCUUCAGAGGUAUAAUGAGCUCCAGAGAGCUCACUAUCCGCCAAAAAAAUAG